AUGCGGCUUCUGGUCCUGCUAUGGGGUUGCCUAGUGCUCCCAGGUUAUGAAGCCCUGGAGGGCCCGAAGGAAAUCAGUGGGUUCAAAGGGGACACUCUGUCCCUGCAGUGCACCUAUAGGGAAGAGCUGAGGGACCACCGGAAGUACUGGUGCAGAAAGGGUGGGCUCCUCUUCUCUCACUGCUUUGGCACCAUCUAUGCGGGAAAAGAAGGCCAGGAGACAACGGAGGGCAGGGUGUCCAUCCAUGACAGCUGCCAGGAGCUCUCGCUAAUUGUGACACUGUGGAACCUUAUCCUACAAGACGCUGGGAAGUACUGAUGUGGGGUCGAAAAACGGGGCCCCGAUGAGUCUUUACUGAUAUCUCUGUUCAUCUUUCCAGGACCCUGCUGUCCUCCCUCCCCUUCUCCCACCUUCCAGCUUCUGGCUACAACACGCCUGCAGCCCAAGGCAAAAACUCAGCAAACCCAGGCCCCAGGAUUGACUUCUCCUGGGCUCUACCCAGCAGGAACCACAGCCAAGCAGGGGAAGACAGGGGCUGAGGCCACUCCAUUCCCAGGGACUUCCCAGUACGGGCACGAAAGAACUUCUCAGUACGCAGCAACCUCUCCUCAUGCAGCGACCUCUCCUCCUACAGGGAGCUCCCUCCCCCGGAAGCAGCUGGACUCCACCUCAGCAGAGGAUGCCAGUCCAGCUCUCAGCAGCGGCAGCUCUAAGCCCAGGGUGUCCAUCCCAAUGGUCCGCAUGCUGGCCACAGUCCUGGUGCUGCUGAGCCUUCUGUCAGCCGCAGGCCUGAUCGCCUUCAGCAGCCACCUGCUCCUGUGGAGAAAGGAAGCUCGACAGGCCAUGGAGACACAGAGGAACGAGAAGGUCUACCUCUCACACUUGAACUCCCUGAUGUUUUCUCUGAGUCUUCCUUGGCUCUGA